AUGAAACAAAUUACGAUCAAUUUCUCAGAACUCACUGAUGAUGCCAAAAAAAAAUAUAUUACUUUUCUAGCUGAAAGCGACAUCAGUGUAGAAAAGCAAUCAAUUAAGAAACCUACUAUGCCGCAAUAGCAUCGAGCCAGACAAUACAGUGCUAAUUCUGAUAUUGCAAGUUUUAAGUCAUAUACUCCAACAAGUAAAUUGCCUUUGAAUCUCUAAAUUAGAGUCUAAAACUUACAUCUAAUCACAUGUCAAGACGGAGCAUUCAAUUAGUACUAAAUUCGAUGAUCUGAUUGAUGCAUAUCCCACCAUCAUGAAUUAAAUAUCCAAUUAAGAUUUACUCUCAAGGCCACUCAAACUAAAUUUGAAUGACCUUUGUCUUAUUGUAGAAGAAAUAUACUAAAGAAAAUUCAUUGAUGACACAAAUUAAUUAACUAAAUACUAAACUGUGUGCGAUAUAUCCUUUGCAGAUUAUGUCUAUAAUUUCUUAAUCCAGAAAUUCAAGCAUUCAAAAAAUCAAGUAAUAAACGUGCUUAUCCAUUAGUAAAUCAUCAAUUUCCUUGCAUCAGUCGAUCUGCAUUCCCUUAGAAAAAAAGACGUAAGCCUCUUUCAAUCAUUCUUAAGAUAUUAGAGACAAGAAGUUUUGACCUUCUAUUUAUAUACAAGAGCUGUGAUCUAAAAAGAACUUAAGCUAUCUUUUUAUCAUCGUAUUAUUUAUAUGCUAAUUUCUAAUAGCACUCCGCAAACAAUGCAUUGAUAAUGAGUAGUUGUAAUUAAAUUAAAAAUAAGUGUAACAAAUCUCACAACUUCUGUAUAACAGUGAAGAUAGGUACUAGGAAUUCAAAAAGUAUUUUAAGGGUAAUUAUAUUUCGGUGAGUGAUUUUUUUUCUGCAGCUCUGCAUAUUUAUGAAAUACAGCAUUAAACACACAAAUAAAAGCCGUUCUAAUCAUAAAUCAAAUACAUACCUCCACUACAAUUCACAAAUACUACUAAUAAUUUUGAUGAGUAUUAAGUGGAUUCUCCAUUAUUUGCAUAAUCUGAAGUAGCCACAGAUUAGAACCAACAACAAGAGAAGUACUUUACAUCGACUGGGCCAAGUCAAUAGAAUAGUAAUUAGAAAGAAUAGGAGUAAGAGUUAGAAGUCUAUUUCAAAUUUAAGAAAAACAACGAAAACUUUAAUUUAGUUUAAUAAAGCAUAAAUGAGAAAUUGGAAGUCAAAUUAACAAGAUUUAUUUAAGACUUACUUGAAGAAAUGGGGGAGUUAGAUUUUGAAUAGAAAACAUAGAAGUUAGAGGAAUUGCAGAACAGUAUAGAUGGAAUUAUGAAUACUCUUUUGGAUGCUAUAUACAAAUAUGACAAGCUAUUAUGGUACUCUUAAUGAUUGUUAUGAAGGUUCAAAAGAUUGAACAAACAACCAGAUGAUAUAGGGUUAGAAUAUAUUGAAAAUCUUCAAAAAGUGUACAGGAGUUUAAGCAAAACCAAAUAACCUUAAAAUGAAGAUCUUGAUAAAUUCUGUUGCUCAUUAAUGCAAGUAUGUAAUGUAAUAAACAAAGACACCAGAGUUGGCUAAGUAGAUCGAAAGUGAAUUGCCUUGGUUGGGAUAAUGA